AUUUGGCAAAAAUAGCCCAUGACCCAUUGACCCAAGGACACUGCUUGAGUAGGAAGUUGACUUGCAGUCCAAAAAAGAGUAAACCCCGAAAGGAAGUAGAUCGACAACAAGAAGUAAAAAAAGGACCCCUUCGAGGAAGUAGCCAUUACCCAAUCAUCAAAGACAGCUUCUAACCCAAGUUCUAGAUAAAGCAAAUAAUAUAUUAUCAGGCAUAAGUAAGGAAUGCAUACAUUGUCGUGUUUGUAGACAGAAGUGUGAGUUCGAGAGUUCUUAGUUCUGAUAUGGCAAAAGAAUUAUCCUGUGAUCUCCUCCUUGAUGGCUGGAACAAUCACACAAUCUUCCCAUCAGAUGAAGAUUAUGCUGAAGAACUGCAGCUCCAGGAGGCCCUGCAAAUGUCUAUGAUCUGUUCUCAGAUGAACAAAGAUGACCCCUCAUCCUCAUCAAUGGCAUUGCAACAUACAACUCCAGCCUUAGCUGCAAAAGAAGGUUUAGAUUACAACAAUUUGCUUGAGCCUAUUGUCUGGGAGGAAGCAAUAUCCCAAGUUAUCAAGAAAUCUGAGUGUUCAGUCUGCCAUGAAUUAUUUUGCACCAAAUGCUCAGUUCCUAGUAGUUCAGGGAUUGAAGGGGAGAAGCAACAGGGGAUGGAUGAGGGUGAGAGAAGAGAAGAUACCAUAGGGAAGCAACCUGUUAGGGAUAAGAAACUGGGGAGACGGUCUCCAGACAAGUUUCAUAUGAAAAGAACACAAGGCUUUUCACAAACCACUUCUGAUUCCAACGAAAGACUGAACAAAUUAAUCAAAAAAAAGGGAAAAAGUGUAGUAGAUUCCAGCAUCUAUUCUGCGCAAGAUGCUGACUACUCAGAUUUCUCUAGAGGCACUGAAGGUCAUAUUGUAAAAUACUGUGCUACUCAGAAAUCCAGUCCUUCAAGGAGUUCAAAAGAAAGCUGUGUUGUUCAAGAUGUUAUUGAUGAUGGUACAUUUGAUAACGGUGAUGAGUAUUAUUCUGAUUUGGGCCCAAAGAGCCAUGAGGCAGGAAAGAAUAGCAGAUGGUUUAAGAAAUUCUUCGAGGGAUUAGAAGCACUGAGUAUCGAAGAGAUCAAUGGACACAAAUGCUCAUGCAACUGUCCGGUUUGCCCAGAUGGUACUGGUGCUGUCAAGAGGUUCCAGGGCCUCGAGGACCUUAUUACUCAUGCCAAAACAGAAGUAGCGAGGGUAAAGCUACACCGGGAAUUUGCAGAACUUUUAGAAGUGGAGGUGCUUCAAAAGCGUAUGGUAGCUACUCCCGAAGCCACAGUCAAUUUGGUUGGUAAAUGGAAUGGUUUAAAUGGGGAGGAGGAUCAUCAAAUUGUUUGGCCUCCCAUGGUUAUCAUUAAAAACACAAGCAUUUGUAUUGCUAACAAGUGGAUUGGCAUGGGAAGUCAAGAGCUCCUUGAGCUGUUCAGCUCAUAUGCUGCCAUUCAGGCUCAUCACUUCUAUGGUCCCCUCGGUCACCGUGGUGUAAGCAUCUUAAUCUUUGAGAGCUCAGCAGAGGGUUAUUUGGAGGCAGAGUUUCUGCAUAGGAGCUUUUCCAAGCAAGGACUAGGAAGAAAUGCUUGGGAUUCUCGUCCACCCGUGGAAAUAUUACAAGGUGGAAAGCAUCAGCUUUAUGGUUACUUGGCAGAGAAGGAAGAACUGGAUUUCCUGAACCAACAUAGUCGAGGUAAAUCAAAGCUGAAAUUUGAGAUGAAAUCGUACAGAGAUGCGAUUAUGAACCAAAUUGCGAAACUGAGCAGGGACAGCCAGCAAAUUACCCGGGUGAAGCAAAGGCUUGCAGAACAAGAAACAAAUGUGGUUAUGCUUGGCGAAUCAGUUGAUGCUCUGAGUAAGAAGUUGUCUCUGAAAAAAGAGGAGAUGUCUAAAUUUAGACAAAAAGUUCAGCAAGAGCAGGAAGAACACAAGGAAGAGAUGGAAUUCCAAGAGAAAUUUUUCAAGGACCAAAUCAAAAUUCUGGAGGGACACGUGAAUGAGAAAGCACAUGAGAUGUCCAAUAUUGAAGAGUAUUAAGAUAACCAAAUGGAGUACACUGACAUAGAAUGUGCGAUGGUGAAAUUGGAUGAAGCACAAGAGUGGGGAUUACUUGAUAACGAGUGAUGAACUUUCUCCAGCAGAGAUUCUGCAUGAUCAGUUUUAUU